AUGUUGCUCAAGCCUGCGACACCCCUCACCAUAUUGCUGCUGAUCGCCUUUGCGCUACUGCUGCUCUCAUGUCUUUCCACCCCCAUCAUUAAAGGAAUUCCCUUGGCAACCUUCAAGGAUGUCGAUUAUGGCGUCUUUGGUUACUGCAAAGGGAAUACCUGCACCAAUAUUCACGUGGGAUACACGAGCAAUGAUAUCAGCAGCACCGGUGACGACUUCAAUCUUCCGUCCAGUACGCGAAAGUCGCUCUCUUCAAUUCUGAUCAUUCACCCAGUCGCCGCCUUGCUCACCCUCAUUUGUCUCUGCUUGGCCGCGGCCGCCCAUUUCCACGCUCCGUCUCACUCACCGCGCUUCCUCUUGGCAUUGCUGAUUCUGCUGUUGCCGACCCUACUGGUGACACUUUUGGCCUUCCUGGUUGAUAUCUUGCUAUUUGUACCGCAUUUAGGAUGGGGUGGAUGGAUUGUCCUGGCGGCGACCAUUCUCCUUGUCUCGUGCGGCGUGGUCACAUGCGCAAUGCGCCGCACCCUCGUGAGCCGCAAGGCACGGAAGCGCCGCAUUGCUGAAAACGCCGAAAUGAGUGGGGAGAAUUAUUACAACCGACAGAAUGCCAAUGCGGCUCCCGCGCCAGCUCCAGCCCCCGCCGAGCCCAAGGAACCUUUCGUGUCCAAUUCUCUCACUUCUGACUCUGGACCAACAUUCGCGACCUUCCAAACCGAGAGGCGCGACAGUGACGAUGAUCGCACGCCCCUCAACUCACGAACGCCCAUGAGCGAUGUCCCUUCACCUCCGGACCGUCGCGGCACCCCCUACCGCGCCCAAGAUGAGCUGAACAACAUUCCUCCCCAGGGCGGUCCAUACGGCGGAGGUUCUAUGUCGCGCAAUCCUUCCGACCCGCGAUUGCGCCCUCAAUACUCGGAUGGCAGCAUGGGCUCUCGCAGGGGAGGAGCGCCCCCGGGCUUCAAUGGACGCGGGCGAGGUGGCUACCCACCCCGGGGUGGGCGCGGAGGUCCUUACAUGGGACCUCGGGGGCCUUCUCCGGGUGCACGGGGUGGCUACAUGGGACCUAUGCCCGGUCGUGGCCGUGGGGGCAUUGCACCAGGUCGAGGACCACCCGGUGGGUACGGACCUGGCCCAGCCCACAGCUUCGAGGCAUAUGGACGUCCCGCAUCGCCUCCCCAGGAUGACCCCUAUGGGUAUGGAUCCUCCCCAGGUCCAAUGCGCCAGCCUUCUCCUGGGCCCAUUGGCAUGGCUGUUUCGCCUGAAACAGUCGGCCAGGCCAUUGAGAUGCAGCCCCAGACUCGACCCCAUUAUGACAGCCAAGAACCUAUGAGUAGUGUUCCUCAUGCGCUGUCCAUCGAUUACAAUGCUCCCCUUGAGAGUCCAACAAGCAUGUACAGCCGACCUGAGUCCUACAUCCCACCUCGUGCUGGCUGGAGUGCCAGUGAUCGUCACACUGCAUCUCCCAGACCUCCGGGCGCAUCGCCUCCUCCGGGCCCUGGUGGCACGGCCUAUUAUGAAGAUGUAGAGCCUCGUUUCGCUCGCCGGCCAUCACCCCACAAUGAAUCCGCCAUACCCCCUUCUUUGACACCUGGAGGUGCUCACUUCUAA